CAAGGGAAGGGAAAGAAGCGAGGCAGAGAGAGAGGGAUGGCAUUCUCCAGAGUGGGCAUGGUAGCGUUGGGCCUGUUGCUGGCCGGGCUGGUGCUGGUGAAUGGGCAGAGCUGUAGUGACCAAGACCUGGCAACUCUGGGUGCCCGGUGCAGGCCGUUUGUGGCCAGGGAGCUGCCGCCGGCGCCUCCUUCCGAGGACUGCUGCAAUGCCGUCAGGGGCGCCGACCUCAUCUGCGUCUGCGGCCGCAUCACCCCUGAAAUUGAAAGAAUGAUCAGCAUGCAGAAGGUGGUCGACGUCGCCAGUAAGUGUGGCAAGCCCAUCCCUUCCGGCACCAGAUGCGGCUCUUUCACUGUACCAAAGGCGUGAAGAUUAUGUGGCGGAAGAAUGAGCUGAUGAAGCACUCUUUUCCUUAUAUAGUUACACAUAUAUAGAAUAAAUUUGUAGGGAUGUCCUGCCUUAUCGGAAUCCUUUGAUGAGCGGUUAUGUUUAAUAUAGUAGAAUAAGAGUUGUGAACCACGUCUUGUAUCAGCUUUGUGCUUUAGAAAGAAGAAAAGUUAAGA